UUUCGACUGCUUAUGCCUAGAGACAGAUCAGCAGUGAACGACUUCUCACAUGCCUCACUCAGGUCUGCAAUAAGACGCCUUUUACUAUGAUACCCUCCUCAUGCAGCCUCGUGGAAAUUCAGCGACAGAUAGAUGAAGUUAAGAGGUUUCUGGCAAUAACCCUGAGUAUUGCUAAUGCUCACACUGUGGAGUUUUACACCCACGACGUGUGGAACCGGUUCAUGGCAGUGUCGCCAGAGGAAGUGCUGUCAGCUGUUACUUCAGCUAGUGGCCACCAGAGGGAGCCAGAGCUCAAAGGAUCAAAGCAAUCUGGGACCACAUUUGGCUUUUGCAACGACACACACCGACUGAUUGAUACCCAUGAGCUGCUGCAGGCUGCCAAGGCACACUCUCUAGCAGGUCUUGGAAUCUGUUUAAGCAGAGAUGAGCUAAUGCACGCUGUCAGAAAAAUCAGUCUUGAUCCGGGAGCUCCACCAGCAAGCAUAGGUACAGUUCUUGAGCCAGAUGAAUUUAUGAACUCUAAGAAAUCCCAUGAAGUCCAGUCCAUGUCUGAGGUGGUGUCCUGUCUAGCCCAACACUGUGGAGUCAAACAGGUGAUAGAUGUGGGUUCAGGAAAGGGCUACCUUAGCUCUUUCCUGUCUCUGCAGUUUGGCCUUCAGGUCUACGGCAUUGACUCCUCCAGUACCAACACCCACGGAGCCCAGGAGAGGAACAGGAAGUUGAAAAAGUUCUCCAGGGCAUACCAAAAACAUAGAAAGGCAACAAGAGCACAGGAAGAAGCCACACGUCAACAGGAGCCUGUAGAAAUAAAGACUGGAUUGAAUGGAGAAGGGGAUGUUUUAGAUGGCGUUGGAGCGGAAAAUGUGUCACAUAGGGCGGAGGAGGAAGAGGAAGAAAAGGUGCCAUCGCCAGUGUUAAUCGGUUUGUCAGAUGCGAACUCUGUAAUAGAAGGGCAUUCAGAGCCAGAGGAUCUGUUUCUCAGUGCAUUAUCACUGGAUGUAAUACAGUCUACGUCCUCCAGAGUUUCCCCUAGCCAACUGAGUGCAGAGGAAAAGGAAAAAAGGAAGCGGGAGAACCUGGAGAGAAAAGCUCAGAGCAGAACCAGCAGGGCCAGCGCCGUGUUUUCACCCCUCACAUCUUACGUUACCGCUGAAACUGAGCUCCGAGAACUCAUCAACGAGCUGGAGGCUGCAGUCAUGGUUGGCCUGCACACUUGUGGCGACUUGGCUCCCAGCACUCUGAGGAUGUUUGUGGCUAAACCAGAGCUGGCCGCAGUCUGCAGUGUGGGCUGCUGCUAUCACCUGCUGUCUGAAGAGUUUGACCCUUCAGUACAGGACCAUUUGCAGGCUAUACAUGGUUUCCCUCUGAGUCAGUACCUCCGUGACCAGUCCUGGUUUUGUGGCAGAAACGCCAGGAUGUCUGCAUGUUUGGCGCUGGAGAGGGUUUCAGUCGGCCAAGGGAUUCAGAUGGAGUCUCUGUUCUAUCGGGCAGUUCUUCACGUUAUUCUAAGGGACCAUUACAGCUGUUUUAAAAGCGAAAAGCGAGUUGGGAAUGUCUACUCCAAGGCUAAGUCAUUUGUGGACUACGUGCGCAGAGCUUUGCACAGACUCGAACUGGACGGAGCCAAGCUUUCUGACAGUGCCAUCCAGGAUUACUAUGACACUUACAGACCACGAAUGAGUGAGAUGCACGCCUUUAAUAUGUUGAAGGUGACCCUGGCUCCCUGUAUUGAAGGUCUGCUUCUCCUUGAUCGCCUCUGCUACCUGAAAGAACAGGAGGAUGUAUCAUACUCUGCACUGGUACAACUCUUUGAUCCCCUGCUGUCGCCGAGAUGCUACGCUGUCAUCGGUCUCAAGACUAAUGGAGACAGAAUAACAAGCUGAUGAACUUAUACACAUGAUUACAGUGUAAUGAUUGAGGGCUGGUGAUUGUCCGUGAUUAUGCAAGACAGUAUCAGCUGUUAUACUUUGGAAGUGAUUUUAUUAUGUCUGUAUAUGCUCCCUCUAAAUGUUCUAAUUUAUUGAUGGAAGGUUUGUAUCACUUUAAACAUUUUUCAUCUUUGACUGAAAAAUAAAUCCUUUCUUUUUA